GGUAACGAGCCGUCGCUGCCCGGGUCGCGUCUGGUGGCUUCGCUCGGGAUGGUGCGUGGCCGGCCGCGCUCCGUGUGCACCGGGGCACCGAGCCGCCUGCGCUGGGUGCCUGGCCCGGAGUGCAGCGCGCAGCGCCCGUGAGCCAGGGUGAGUGCCGGCGAGGCGGCGGCUCUGCCUCGGCUGAAGGAGCGGGCCGGUCCUUUGCCUGCAGCAGGGCGCCUGGAGUUCCAAGAUGCUGUUUCAGACAUCUCAAAACUGACAGCAAGAACUGAAGAACCAUCUUUAAGAUCUGAUAAUUGUCCUGAAAUCCUGACCAUGUCUAUUAUGGAUCACAGCCCUACCACUGGAGUGGUGACUGUAAUAGUCAUUCUGAUUGCUAUUGCUGCUCUUGGUGCCUUGAUAUUGGGCUGCUGGUGUUACCUGCGUCUGCAAAGGAUCAGCCAGUCUGAAGAUGAAGAGAGCAUUGUGGGAGAAGGAGAAACCAAAGAGCCUUUCCUUUUGGUGCAGUAUUCUGCUAAAGGACCUUGUGUAGAGAGAAAAGCAAAGCUGACUCCUAAUGGCACAGAAAUUCAUAGCUAACUUCGAGCAGCACAGAUGUGUAUUUGGACUACACUUAAGAUGUCCGUAAUCAGCAGAACUGAUACUGUGAAGAAACUGGACAUACAUACUGCUCUCUCCUAAAACACCUUGAGAUAAGACUUCAAAGUUAUGGUUUUGUUGGUUUGCCACUGCAUGCACUGAGAAACUAGACUAUCCAUCAAUCCUGUAUUUUAACUCCUUAGUGCUAAGAGGUGACUUCUCUGGUAUAAAGUCCAUUGCUGGCAAUGGACAUGCAGGGAUAUGCUGGCAUGAAAAGAUUAAUUGCAUUUUUGUUACUUGAAUGUUUAGCUGAGCCUAUUUUGAUGGAACUACUACUGUAAUGUGAACUACUUAAAACUGUGAACUGUAAAUAGGCUGCCAGGAGUUCUGGCUUUGUUAUCCAGCAUAUGGAAGUGGUAAGAAGUUAUUCUUAGUAACACACAUUUGGACUUCUGAGCCACAUGAUUACAGAGCGGAUGCCAGACCUUCAAAACCAAAUCUGCAGUUAAAGCCUGUUUCUGCUAUGACAUUCUGAGUGAAUAACCAUAAAGACAGAAUGGUUGCUUUUUAGUUUUAGUUUUUAAACCUCUUACGGGACUGAGUCAGAACACUUUCCCUGAAUGCAGGUAUAUAUAAUCUCAUUAAGGUGUUUGAGGCAGAAAGGAUAGGGGUUAUAAGGAAGGAACUGUACCUCUCUUCCUUUAGGGUAGAUUUAGCUGAUAACAGCUAAUACUGUGAUUGUCCUAGCCAUGUAGCUACUGCAAGGAAACUGCCAUUUUAGCAGAUUCCAAUCUGGGAACUAAUGAUGGCUACUUCAUGCAUGGUCCAGAAGGUUUCCAGUGGAGUUAAAAAUAGCAGUAGAGCAGAUCUUUCCCUCCUGUUAGCAAGCAUGUUAAUUACAGAAGUGGUGUUUUCACUAGAACUGGCAUUAAUGUAACUAUUUCUCUUUUUUCUCCCCCCACCCCCCCAUAACCACUGUUUAUAUGUGUACCUAGUAGCUGGGGCAUAUGUAAACAUGACGCUAAACAGCCAACUGUGCAAACUGUUUUUAGUCUAGAUACCAAAUUGUCUACAGUUAAUGUAUUUUGUAGGUAAGCUUUUUGGAUUCUUAACUUACAGGGCAGACAAAUCUAUCUUGUAACAGCUAACUAAAUUUUGGGUGUGUUGGGGAAGGAAUAGAGGGAGGGGGGGAAAUUGUGGGUAGGGGUAGUUUUUUAAAAAAAAUUUGGUGCAAUCUGAAGUACCUUCACACAAAGGGGCCCCACAUUUCCUAACUUUUCCCUUCUCUUUACUAAAGAGAAACCUAUAACUGGUACUUGGAGUGUAAAAUUAUAGACUGUAAACAGUACCAUAGGUCUGAACAAUCAUUCAACCAUGGCUAAAAUGUUCUAGAUUUCCUAACUUUUAGGCCUGCAUAUUCCACUAAGUACCCAGCUUUUGCCAGAUCCAGUUCAUAUGUAGCUAAGGAAUUCCUUUAGUUUAAGUUAAACUCCCUAGCAAACUGAGAUGCAAAGGGGGGGAGGAGGGGGAGAUGUACAAGCAGUAGAUAAUGCAAAAGUUCAACCACCACCAUCUGUGUGUGUGGGGGGUGGGUGGGAGGGGGGAACAGUUAUUAUGCUAAAUACGGGUGUGAAUGAUGGCUUAUACAUUGGGAAUAACACUAUUUAUUCUUAGCUAGCUAGGCCUUAAUGACUUUAUCUGCAAGCAAAUGAUAGUCCACUUAUGAACUAAAUUGCUAGCUCCCUCCAGGACAAGCUGCUGAGUUGCAUUCUUAUUCCUGUGUGCACUGAUUAAACUGAGGCUAGAAAAUGAAGUGUCUUUCACUGCAAAAGCCACGGCUUGGCUAAGCAAAUCCAUUGCUACUAAUGGAGGAAGGAAGUGCUUGUCCAAAUACAACUGCCUAGGAGGGGGCAAACACUGUGUUGUGUAUUUACUGGCUCCAAAGCUGCCAAUUUUUUUUAUUUUUCAGUCUAUGGUUUGAGGCACUUGCCUAUACAUGCACACUGGAUUCUUAACUGCAUAUAUGCUGAGCAAUCAAUAAGUAGACUUUGCUUGUUUGGGAUGCCAAACUUUAUU